AUGUCUACUGCGAUGCAGGGUGUGGGUGGUGAGCGGCACUCGUCUGCCAUGAGUAUAGGAAGUGGGUAUGGUGGAAGAGGGGGCUCGAGAGGUUCCAUCAGUGGCGCUCAACCUAUAUCCAUGUCUGGUCAAAACAAACCGCGGCGAGAGAGUCUGGCAGGGAGUAUGGUAACAGGGAUGAGCUGGGGAGGUCAGUCAGUUGGAAGCUGGAUACGGGACGACAUCAUCAUGCAAGGCACUUCUCCCUUUUCCCAUCAGUCGCAAUCAUUUCAUUCAUCGUCGUACCAACCCAAGCUCGAAGCCGAUUUCAUGCGCGACUUUUCGUGCUGUGGAUUGACGUUACCAUCUUUACACGAUCUACUGGAGCAUUAUGAAGACAAUCAUCACCAACAAAUGCGCGGCUCUUCCACCGAAGGUCCUCUCCCAGAUCCAAAGGCUGCGAUUGCAACCAACGCAGCAGCCGCAAUCAAAGACCCGAAAUCCCAACAACAGAUUCCAAAGACUGCGACUCCGCAAAGGUCAAAUACCCCUAUACAAUCGCAGAAGACGCCCACACAGACGCAGAGCUUUGCCGUUCAAUCCAGUCAGGAAGAUGAGACAGUUGGGACUAUGGAGAUGGAUGAUGACUUUUCGCAACCUCAGAUGCAGCAGUAUGCGAUGAACCCACCACGACCGGUCCAAAGAAGUCAAUUCGGGCAGCCGGCACAACGAACACCCCAGCUUGAUAUGGGCGCUGUAAAUGGAAACAAUGCGUACCUUCAGCAUCAAGGUCUUAAACAUUCGCCUACUACCCCAGCGAACGGAAAUAGACCAUAUUAUCAACAUAAUCCUACAGUCUCUUCAGUAAAUACUCCAACGCUCACUGCAGGUCCCAGCAACCACCCUUUGCAACAAGAACAAUUCUACACCCCCCAGUCCUCCGCUCCCGGCACACCACGGGAACUCGACGCUAACUUCAUCGACAACAUGAACCAGAUGAGCAUGUCCUUCCUGCCCAAUGCGACCGGCUUCAACGAUUGGAAUUAUCAACCAAAUAAUGAGAUGCUAGACCUGUGUAUCGACGAACCUGCCAAGCGGCUCUUUGCUCGUAACGAUGGCACGUCUUCAUUUCCACCAAUCACUACAACAAAUACUGCGGCGACAUCGAGCAACGGUCCAACGUCCUCGGGCACGACUUCGUCAGCCCCUGCUUCUGCCGUUCAACUUGGCGACGGUCAGUAUAGCGAAAACAGCACUCUCGCAAAGACUAUCCGACAAGCACAAGCCGACGCUGGAGUUCCAGAUCCCUCAGCGGAUGGGAUUCCUAAGCCCUUCCACUGCCCGGUUAUUGGCUGUGAGAAAGCGUACAAGAACCAAAAUGGGCUCAAAUACCACAAACAGCACGGCCACAACACGCAAACCCUCCAAUCCAACAGCAACGGCACUUUUAGCAUCGUCGAUCCAGACACCCUCGUCCCCUUUGAAGGCACCCGAGGAAUGGAAAGAUUAAAGCCAUACAUGUGCCAGAGUUGCGGAAAGCGAUACAAGAACUUGAACGGGCUGAAAUAUCACAAGGCACACAGCAGCGGGUGCGACCCGGAGAUCUGCUACCCGAAAGGCGUUGACGGAGUGGCGGCCGGUGAGGCAGGGGCCAACAUCAAAGGCGGAGGCAGAGUGAGUAAGGCCGGAAGUAAGAGAAAUAGUCUCAUUAUGGCUACGCAAGAGGAGAAAGAGGGGGCUCGAAUCCCGGUGGAGGUGGGACCGAAGGGGGAGCAGAUGGUGAUGUGA